GAGUACCGUCGGGGUGGGUGGACGCCGUGCCCGGUUAGCAGCCUUGAGGGUCGCCCAUUGGCCUCUCAGAGUCCCAUCGCGCGCCCUCCGGAGAGUGGGCCGCCAGGGACCCCUGGAGAGGGCAGCGUGCGCGCCCCGGGCCCGAGGUCUCUCCGGGUCCCUGGAUCGGGAUAGGAAUUGGUUCCGGGCCGGAAUGGGUGCGGAGCCUGACCCCUGGACGCCUAGAGAGCGCGUAGCCCGGCCCUUCGCGUCGCCUCGCCACCGGGAGCUCCCCAGGUUGGAUGCCAGCGUGGUGUUUUGUUGGGAGGUGUGCCCCCUCCCCGAGCCGAGGCGGGAGGCUUACCUUUGACCUUUCUGUAGAGCCGCGCAGGGUCGGUAACCAGAGGCUAGGGACAGGGACCGAGGGGCCAAAUGAAAACCCAACCCCGCUCCUCUGCCUGCCACUCCUUAAGUGCUCAAGGAAAAACUGCAGAGAAAAUCUAAUGGAUGAAGAUGAGAAAGACAGGGCCAAGAGAGCGUCUAGAAACAAGUCUGAGAAGAAGCGUCGGGACCAGUUCAAUGUUCUCAUCAAAGAGCUCAGCUCCAUGCUCCCUGGCAACACGCGGAAAAUGGACAAAACCACCGUGCUGGAAAAGGUCAUCGGAUUUCUGCAGAAACACAAUGAAGUCUCAGCGCAAACGGAAAUCUGUGACAUUCAGCAGGACUGGAAGCCUUCCUUCCUCAGUAAUGAAGAAUUCACCCAGCUGAUGUUGGAGGCUCUGGACGGCUUCAUCAUCGCGGUGGCGACGGGCGGCAGCAUCCUCUAUGUUUCUGACAGCAUCACGCCCCUCCUGGGGCAUUUGCCGUCGGAUGUCAUGGAUCAGAAUUUGUUAAAUUUCCUUCCAGAGCAAGAACAUUCAGAAGUUUAUAAAAUGCUUUCUUCCCAUAUGCUCCUGACGGAUUCCCCCUCCCCAGAAUACUUAAAAUCUGACAACGAUUUAGAGUUUUAUUGCCAUCUUCUCAGAGGCAGCUUGAACCCCAAGGAAUUUCCAACUUAUGAAUACAUAAAAUUUGUAGGAAAUUUUCGCUCUUACAACAAUGUGCCCAGCCCCUCCUGUAAUGGCUUCGACAGCGCCCUUUCCAGGCCUUGCCGAGUGUCUCUGGGAAAAGAGGUCUGCUUCAUCGCUACUGUUCGUCUGGCUACACCACAGUUCUUAAAGGAAAUGUGCAUAGUUGACGAACCUUUAGAGGAAUUCACUUCAAGGCACAGCUUGGAAUGGAAAUUUUUAUUUCUGGAUCACAGAGCCCCUCCAAUCAUAGGAUACCUGCCUUUUGAAGUUCUGGGAACCUCCGGCUAUGACUACUACCACGUCGAUGACCUGGAGCUCCUGGCCAGGUGCCACCAGCACUUGAUGCAGUUUGGCAAAGGGAAGUCGUGUUGCUACCGGUUUCUGACCAAAGGCCAGCAGUGGAUUUGGCUGCAGACCCAUUACUACAUCACCUACCACCAGUGGAACUCCAAGCCCGAGUUUAUCGUGUGCACACACUCGGUGGUCAGUUACGCGGAGGUCCGGGUGGAGAGGAGACAGGAGCUGGCCCUGGAGGACCCACCGCUGGAGGCCGUCCACCCUUCAGCCCUCAAGGACAAGAGCUCCAGCCUGGACCCUCAGCAGAACUUCAGUGCACUCGACAUGGGCACCUCGGGCCUUAACACCAGUCACUCACCAUCCGCGUCCUCAAGAAGUUCCCACAAAUCCUCCCACACAGCCAUGUCCGAGCCUGCCUCCAAUCCAAGCAAGCUGCGGGCAGAGGCCAGCACCACGGCUUUGCCAAGAUCAGCCCAAGAACUCCCCGUGCCGGGACUCAGCCAGGCAGCCACGAUGCCGGCUCCCCUGCCGGCCCCUUCGUCCUGUGACCUGGCACAGCAGCUCCUGCCUCAGACCAUUUUGCAGAGCCCACCUGCCCCCAUGACACACGUUAUUCCUGUAGCAUCCUGCCAAAGAAAGGGGGGAAAAAUAAAAUCUGACAUCUGGGGUAUACCUGGUGGCUCUGCUUCCUGGUGUGUUGAGUUUUCAGCACAGCUCAGCAUGUUCCAGACCAUCAAAGACCAGCUGGAGCAGCGGACCCGGAUCCUGCAAGCCAACAUCCGGUGGCAGCAGGAAGAACUCCACAAGAUCCAGGAGCAGCUCUGCCUGGUCCAGGACUCCAACGUCCAGAUGUUUCUGCAGCAGCCAGCUGUGUCCCUGAGCUUCAGCGGCGCCCAGCGGCCAGAGGCUCAGCGGCAGCUCCAGCAGAGGCCGGGCCCAGGCCCCCAGCCCCAGCUCGCGGCCAGCCCUCAGCUUCCAGGGCAGAUGGCCUCUGCCCAGGUCACAAGCCAGCACUUGCUCAGAGAAUCCAGUGUGAUAUCAACCCAGGUAAAGGGUCCGAAGCCAAUGAGGAGCUCGCAGAUGGUGCAGGGAAGCGGCCCCGCAGGGACCAGCCUGACGCCCCCCUUCAGCAGCGCCACCGCCGCACUCCCGCCAGCUCUGAGCCUGACCACGCCUGCUUCCGCCUCCCAGGACGCCAGCCAGUGCCAGCCUAGCCCGGACUUCAGCCACGACCGGCAGCUCAGGCUACUGCUGAGUCAGCCCAUCCAGCCCAUGAUGCCGGGGUCCUGUGACGCGAGGCAGCCCUCAGAGGCCGGCAGGACUGGACGGCCAGUCAAAUAUGCACAGAGCCAGGCUGUGUUUCAGAACCCCGACGUGCACACCACCAGCAGCAGCGCCUCGACCCCCGUCCUGCUGAUGAGGCAGGCCGUGCUUCACCCCACCUUCCCCACCUCCCAGCCGUCGCCCCUGAAGCCCGCCCAGGCCCAGCAGCAGCCGCCGCACUUCCUGCAGGUGCAGGCGCCAACCUCUCUGCACAGCGAACAGCAGGACUCGCUCCUCCUCUCCACCUACUCGCAACAGCCGGGGACCCUGGGCUACCAGCCGCCCCCGCCCGCGCGCCCUCCCCGAAGGGUCAGCAGCCUGUCUGAGUCCUCAGGCCUCCAGCAGCCACCCCGGUAGUGUCAGUCGGGUCACAUCAGCUUUAACCAAUGGACGGACGAGGGGGAGGUGGCCACGGAGUUGGGAGAGGAGUUGAAAGGACAGCCUGGGCUUUUGUGCAAACCGCGUGCAUUUCAGAGCUCCGGGACGGUGACCGUCUCCAGGCACAGCGGCCGGCAAGUGGGGAGUGAUCAGGAGCACUGGCCGUGUCUCCCUUGGCCCUGGCUUCGCGGCCACACUACAGCCAUAGCUGGACGGGACCCGAGUGCCCCGUGGGAGCGCGUGACCCGGUUCCCCUUAGCGGUGGCGCGUCUCCUGCGUCCGCCGCGAGCGCGCUGGUCCAGCCUCUGUGGCCCGUCCGCGCGUGCUCGUCGGCCUUCACUCUCUUCAUCCUCUUUCCUUUGCGUUCGAGAAGCACUGGGUCAGAGAUCAGUUGAAGGGAGAGAGUAGAGAGGAUUUUCCAUUAUUUUUAAAUGAUUGUUUUUGUUUUAAUUUGCACAGCUGCACAAAGAGAUAACUUAGGCACUUUCCAUUUUUAAAACUAAGAAGGUCUCAGGACUUCAUUUGGAGACCCCAGUAACGAAAACAGCUCACCAGAUAGCAAAGCUGGUCUGUUAACUAGGCUGCAGCCCCACCCCCUCCGACUAAACCCCAGUGGAAUGAGGCUCUUCACCCCACACUGUUCUGGUGAUUUUUGCCCUCUGAAUAUGACACUGGACUGUUUCCUGUUUACUUCGGUGAUUGCAACUACAAAGGCGGACUCAGAGCAAAGCACAAUCACGCAGCCGACGUUCCCGAAUUCUGUUGAGGACUCAAGGACAGUAAAGGGGGGAGAUUUUUAGAGCCAGACAGGUCUGUGGAUUCGGCAGGUCCCCCGAGAGCACCCACCACGUGCUGGCCCUUUGAGUGAGAAUGCUGCAUCUUUCUACAUAUCUUUCCUGAUAAGACCGAGGAUUGGAUUUUCCUUUUCAAAAUGCACUUUGCUUCUUUUGUAUGUUUUGUUAUGUUGAGAUGUUUCUAAAGAAAAGAUUUUAUGUAAUUAUAAGAUGAAGUGUAGUGACCUGUACAGCUGUUGUAAUAAUGACCUAUUUCUAUAUAAAAUAAAAAUUGUAUGGAUUAUGUGUAAAUUAUUUUGUAUCUGAGACACCCAUUCCUUUCCCAAAUAUAAAAGUACAAAAGUUUUCUUGUGUAUUUCUGUGAGUGGACAUUUUGUAAUAAAUUAACAAAUUUGUA